CCCACCCCCGGGUCUUCUCGGGCCACUCUGUUGCUGGGAGUGCGUUACAGUGGGCGUGUGUUGUGUCGGUAUGCCUCGUAUCAACUUCAGCCGUACUGAGCGAUUCGCUCAGAUGUCGAAGCAGGAGCAACUGAUCGCACAGAAAAGACAGCAGAUUCUAGAGAAGCAACGUACGCUCGAGCUGGCCAAACAGAUUGCCGCCGAAGCAACGAAGGACACGCAACCAAGCGUAACGGAGACGCCGGAAGAUACGGAACCGAGCACGACGGGCAAAGUAUUGCUACCGUUCAGCAACGACGGAUCAUUUCUCGAACGGUUCAAGCAGCUAAGGGAGAAGAUCGUGAAGCAGACCGACGAUCAGGUGAAACCGGUCGUGCAACAAGAUCCGGACGCAACGGUAAACGUUGAAGCCACCUCUACUGUGGGUGUGUCCGCUAGCACCACUAGCGAACAGAUGUUCAAGUUUGACGUUCCACCACCAUCGUUGUUACCUACACUUCCACCACCGCCACCGCCUCCACCACCGCCCCAGCUACCAACAAUGGCCGAUGACGUGCAUUUCGAACCAUUCUACGAUCUGCCACCGGUGGCAGUCGACGGGAACAACAGUGUGAGUGGUGCGGCCACUGCCCGCACCGAGGUAGAACUGCCAAACAGCCAAGUAUUUUCAGAACAUGAUAAAUUACCAACCACAGUUGAAGAAUUAAUUCAAUUGGUUGCCGAUAUCGGUGAUGUUUAUGAAGAUAAAUUAUGUUCACGUAAAAAUGAUUUACAUCCGUCGCUUUGGUUCGUGUUUGAUAAGCAAUCGGAGGCGUACCGCGGCUUCCGGCGGAUGAUUGCAGCACGGCGAGAAACGGCUGACGGUGCAGUAUCAGCAGCAGCUACAAUGGCAGCAGCACACAGCCGACGAUUGAACGAGCCGAUUCCGAUCAGUGGCGAUGAAGAAGACGAUAAUGAUGAUGAUGAUGAUGCCAAAUACGAUCCGGCUGACGUGCUGGACGAUUCGAUCAUCGACGAGGGACAGGAGAGCCGCUCGAAGCACCCAUUGGUGGGCGGACCGGAAAGCUCGAAAACGUCCGAAAUUCCGAUCCACAUGAUGCCGAACUUUUAUGGCGACGAGCGUCAUUUUUAUGACGAUAAAUCGACAACGGAAACGGACUCGGACACGGAGUACGUGCGGGAGGCACGAGAGCGCAAUCUAAAGAAUCUCAAGCGCAAAACGUUCGACGCUGGCAAUCGGCGAGAGGACGGCAGUUCGACCGAUUCCGAUGAUGAUUAUCAUGGCGGAUUGGGUGAUAGUGCGAACGAAUCGAUGAAUGAUAAAAAUGGAGGAAGUUCCGGUGCGGGUGGUAGUGCCACGGGGGGCAGUGGUGGCGGUGGUACGGGAGGAGGUGGAACCGGUUCUCGGGGCCAUCGGCAAAAAUAUCGCAAAAAGUCACGCUGGGGCGAGAAUACCGAUGGAGGGACAGGAACGGCUGGUAGUCAGGAUGGAACGAUGGCCGGUGCAGCACAACAACAACAAAAGCAGCAGCAGCAACCGCUUCCAUGGACCGGAGGACACCUAAAUGUACCACCGCCUCCACCACCACCGCCACCACUACCAGCCUCUUCGACAUCGAUCGAUCGCAACAAUCCCGGAAUGCUGCAGUACGUCUUUCAUCACUACGGAACGGUGGCCGACAUUUCACCGGAUUGCUGGAGCAAGGCGGAAGAACACUACCGCCUGCAGCUACUGUACGACGAUCUGACGCAGAAGAUAGAGCAGCACGACCGGUUUUUGCGCUGCGUGACGGACGGUACGCAGCGGAUUGAUUCGGACGAAGAACACCGGCUCAACACGGUCAAACUGGAGGCGAUCAUGUGCUGGAUCAGUGAGAUAACGCGCCUGUACGAACGCAUACGCCCGAAACAUUUGAGCGAUUUUUUGAUGCGCGACGAUUACGAACGUUUUGUCGAACGGUUUCGCCGUACGUCCGAUCGGCAGCCCAACUUUGAGGAUUAUAAAGAGUUUCGGUUGCGUGAAGCGAAUGGAACGUUGGCCGAUGCUGGUACGAGUGCUGCCCGGCCGGAUGGUGGAUCAGGGCGGCCCGAGUAUAGCUCAACCGAUUCCGAUUUCGUUUCCUACCGUGACCAGCAACAACAAUCGGGACAGUCAACUGGCCAGCAGCAACAGCAGCAGCAGCAGCAGCAAAGUAACGGUAAAUCCGACACACGCACCUCCGAACCUCCACCUACCGUGGGUGAAAAGCGUGCGGCCGAAGGAACGGUGGAAGAGCAGCAACAGCAGGCCGCAAAACGGCGCAAAAGUCGUUGGGGAGGUCAGGCAGAGUGUGGACCACAGUUUGGCCCGGGCCAGAGCUUCCGGACGCAACCACCACCACCCCUACCAGCACACCCACCCGGACCACCACCCGCCCUACCGCCCACCAAACUCUCCACCGUUAGUCGUACCGAUCCGGCGCUACUCGCGUAUGCAAGACAAAACUUCGGCACCACCAACCUGUCGGAGGAAGACUGGAAAAAGGCGGAAGAUCACUACAAGAUCAAUCUGCUUUACCAGGACAUGCUACGCAAACGGCAGGAAAUUGAUCGGCUUGCCAACAGUGGCCGGUUUAAGUAUGAGUACGAUUCGGACGAAGAUACGACGGGCGGUACCUGGGAACACAAGUUGCGCCAGCAGGAAAUGGAAGCGACACAAAAGUGGGCCAACGAGCUUACGCGCCAGUCGGAGGGUAAGCAUCACAUUGGGGACUUUUUGCCACCGGAAGAGUUGCGCAAGUUUAUGGAAAAGUACGAAGCGCAAAAGAACAACCGGCAGCCGAACCUGAGCGAUUACAAGGAUUACAAGUUGCGCGAGGACAACGUCGGCUUUCAGAUGCUGCAGAAGCUGGGCUGGAAGCAGGGUCAGGGGCUCGGUGCCGAUGGUAGCGGUAUAGUGGAUCCAAUCAAUAAAGCCGCACAGCGUGACAAUAAUCAGGGCUUGGGCAUAAUCGCACCGGACAAUCCGGAAGUCAACGAUAACGAGUACGAUGCGUACCGUAAGCGCAUGAUGUUGGCGUACCGUUUUCGGCCGAAUCCGCUGAAUAAUCCGCGCCGUGCGUACUAUUAGCUUAGUCAAGGCAUUUAGAACAAAAUGGGAAC